UGGGCUUAAGGGAAGGCUGUGGCUGGGUUGCAAAGGGUAGUGUGAUCUUUAGCUAGGUGGGAGCCAUUGGAUGCACAGUACAGACAUCACCUAUUCUUAUGAUACGUUGUCUUGCUUUUCUUCCUAGAAUGGCUUUGGGAAGAAAACCCAGCCAUCAGGUAGAAGACAUAUUUGACGAUUUCAGUGAUAUUUCCUUAGACUAUUCAAAGAUGGAAGAAAUCAGAAACUUGAACAUUGGUAGAAGUCUUACCAAAAUAGCACCCAGUCAUAGUAGAUUUCUAAAAAGAAACCAAUAUGUGGGUGAAAAACACUUCCUCCUGAAUGAGGACACCAUUUUGGGGAGUGGGCCCACGUUCGCCACGACCGUGGCGUCGAAGGUCAGAGUGGACGCUGCGCUCACCAGGCUGGCCCCGAUAGAAAGCAAAAUCCUGAAUCGGAAGGUGCGGGCGAGUUUGUCUGACACGGACUCUGACCGGAAGACUGCGGAGGCCAGUCUUCCAAAGAGAGCAGACGAAAUGCCCCCAAGGAGAACGGUUGACCUUUCUUCCCAGAGUACAGGCAAAACCUCCCAGAAACAAGCCCGUGAACUUCCUGUUGCCAAGAGUAAUGCACACAAUCCGAAGAUCAGCAGGUUUUUAAAGAAGAAGGAACCCCCCGUUCAAAAUAUAGUCCCUGAAGCACCUGCUGGGAAAGAGAGGCCUUUUCAAACACCGAAACUCAAAGAACCUGCUAGAAAAUUUGAUUCUCCAGACAGUGAUGAAGAGGAAAUGAAAGCAUUGCUGGGAAGCUUGAUGGAAUCUUCUAGAGUUGAGAAAACAUCUAUGAAUCAAGGCUUCACCAGAACUAAAAUCCCGACGCAACCAAGAGUUCUUUCUCUCCUUGAUGCGGAACUUUCCAGCUCACAGCCUUCUCGGACAUCACGUCUGCCAACCUCAGCAGAGGGGAUCCUUUGCAGCGCUCGCCCAAGAUCUCACUGUGCAGAGACCCAUGUUUCCAGUGACACAGCCUCCCGCACGCCGUCACUUUCUGUCAUUGAUGCCUUUUCAAAAUCAGUGUCUUCAAAGAUGGGGCGUGUUAAGCUUGCGUCCUCCCCUGGAAGGAGCGAGGCUGGGCCUUGGGAUAGGUCCAUCUCAGAAGGUGCCGAUGACAGCUUGAACGAGUUUAGAACAAAUAUUUUAUCCCUCAACGAUCUGGCUCCAGCUGUCGGUGAGAUCUCCGCUGUGGAACAGGAAAAACAAAGUGCCCGGAGGGAAAAGCUGUCCUGCAAAAGCCCCAGAGUCAAGGCCUCUGCUGGGCAGGACACCCCAAGACGCACCUGGGCGAGGAGCUCAGCGUCCCAGGGAAAGGCCACCUCGGCAGACGGGGAUGAGGGCCUCCCCACUGAAAGUGAGAUCUCAGGGCAUCUCAGUGCCAGCUCGGCCUCCUCUGCCCGGCAGGACAGCGCUGCCAGUGCGCGGUCCUCGUCUGAAGCGCCCGCGGGGAGCACAGCCAACGCGGCUUACUCCCACGAUUUCAAAAACACUCCAAGUCCGACGUCAUCUGACCCAGCAGCCCGUUCCAAGGAGUCUCUUGACAGAACACUGGAGUCUUUGUCCGCGUGCUCUUCAAGUCUGAAGACAGACCUUGUCCCACAGACACUCAAGUCUGGGGAAAAGUGGGGCAGGGGUGUGACAAGAGUCCUCGUGAAGGAAACAGCUGUGCAGACUCUGGACCCCUCCUUCGCCUACCAGUUGAACCAGGCAGCCAGUGUGGCGACUAUCGGGCCUGGCCUGGGAGGCGCUUAUGUGGACCCGAUACCCAUUGCCAAUCACGUCAUCAGCGCGGACGCGAUAGAAGCCCUGACAGCCUACAGCCCGGCCGUACUGGCACUGAACGACAUGCUGAAGCAGCAGCUGAGCCUGACGCAGCAGUUCAUCGAGGCCAGCCGUCACCUGCACAUCUCACUCCUGCAGUCCCUGGAUGGGGACUCCUUCCACUACCACACCCUGGAGGAAGCCAAAGAGUACAUUAGGCGCCACAGGCCCACUCCGCUGACCAUGGAGGACGCCCUGAAAGCGGUGAAGGAGGAGCCGUGAAUGCCAGCAGGUGAGGCUGAUGUGCGGCCCGAUCUAACGGACUGUCUUAUAGACCUGCUCCACACACACACACACACACACACACACACACACACACACGACAGAGCAGUGUCCACGGGACACUCUGUGGUGGGGGCAGAUGGAGCUGGGGUAAGGGUGCAGGAUUGUCCCCUGCCAAAUCCCAGCUCAGCAACUGAAGCCCCCUAGCCACCAUCUCCUUGGUGGGUUGUCACGAGGAGCCAGCAUGCCCAGCACCCGUGAGGACACAUCACAGGCCAGUGGAACUGGAGUCAUGGGUGGAGCUACCCGCCACUCACAGCAGGACGGGGACACGAGGUUCUGCAGGGCAGCUCCACUCAGCCAGGUACUGGCAGCCCAGCGAGCCGAGGGAGGCAGCGCGGCUAACAGAAGCCCCACUGGGCAACGAGGACGCAGGACCAGGUGGCCACGCUGGAGACUUGUGCAGGCCCUGAGUCUGCACCCAGAACACGCUGCCUCCUCCCUCAGCCCGAGUCCACUUCCGACUUAAACAUGCAGAGGAAAAAGUCUUUA